GCCAUUUGUGUUCUCUCAAAUUCUCGCGGUAUCUCAGCGCCGGUCGCGAGAUGAAGAGCAAUGGCAAUAGAAAACAGACCCGGGGAGGAAUUUGACACAGUUUUCUGUGGAAACGACUCUUUAGAGCUCUCUUCACAGCAUGAUUAUGACACCGCAAAAACACGAAUAUUUAAGAUCAUUGUUAUCGGAGACUCCAACGUGGGAAAGACGUGUUUGACUUACAGAUUCUGCGGUGGCACUUUCCUGAAAAACCCAGAAGCAACGAUCGGGGUCGAUUUCAGAGAGAGAACGCUGGAGCUGGAUGGAGAGAGCAUCAAGUUGCAGAUCUGGGACACAGCAGGUCAGGAACGCUUCAGGAGGAGUAUGGUGGAGCACUACUACCGCGGUGUCCACGCCAUCAUCUUUGUGUAUGACGUGACCAGUCUCACCUCCUUCGAGAGCAUCCCUGAGUGGAUUGAGGAGUGCAGCCGACAUUGUGUGGGGCCCCUGGUGCCUCGCAUCAUGGUAGGAAACAAGUGUGACCUGAGGGACCACCGGGAGGUCCCCACGGCAACUGCUCAGUGCAUUGCAGACAGCUACAAUUUCCCAUUGUUUGAGACUUCAGCCAAAGACCCUGCUGAGAAGGACCACGUUGAUGCUAUCUUUCUGACCAUAGCUUAUAGGCUGAAGAGUCGCAAACCUCUGAGACUGAAGCAACUGAGUGAGAGCAGUGUGACACAGCUGUGGAACCAGGGAGAGCAGGAAGCAACAACCUGUCAGUGCUGAGGUCAUCUCCAUCUACUUAAUGUACUCUAUGUACAAACCCCAUUUCCAGAAAAACUGGGACACUUUCUCAAAUUGCAUUAAAAACUGAAAUCUGCAAUUUGUUGAAUCAUUUGAUCCUUUAUUCAAUAGACAAAAAGUACAAAGACAAGAUUUCCAGUGUUUUCACUGACCAUCCUCGUUCUGAAGUACAGAACAUGUUUGCACUACACUUGAAAAAAAAUGGGAGCGCUUGCAAGACUAAAAAGGUUAACGCUGUUGUGGAAAGUUUCACAAUGAAUAGGUCAACCACCAAAGGCUUAGUCUUUGCCGUCAUUACAGUACUUAAUAAUGUGAAAAGACUAGUAAAACAGCACCUUUGCAUUUCUUAUCCAAACAAUGUCAAAGUCAGCACUGCACACACCUGUGUGUUCUUGUAACAUUCAAGUGUGUGAUUUGCUACCAUGGUUGCCGUGGUAACCAGCAUACAAAUCAGGUGAGGGCGGCGUCUGUCUCCAUUAUUAUUUCCACAUGUGAUGGGGAGGAAGCGGCAUGUUUAGCAAAAUAACUAUCACAUUGCCUACUGUGAUGGCCAUAGUAAUGAAGAGGAGAAUCAGAGAAUGAUGACCUUGUAUGUAGCAAGAAUUGGAAGUAUAGUUCCACUUAUAAAGUUGCAAGACCUGAUAUUUUCAAUUACCAUACAAUUAAAAAGUGUAAUUAAAAGAAAUGGAUAUGUGACCCAGUGGUAAACUUGGCUCGGCCGCAACUUUUUUGAAUGUAUGAGUUUGUCAGGGAAACCAGUCUUUUCUUUGUCCUUUUGUCCAGAUUUGAGUUUUAAGGCAUUUCUAUAAAGUCUCCUACCUUUUCAGGAAAUGGGGUUUUUAAACACAGUGUGGCUGAAGGUCACUGUGCCCUCAGGAGCUAUAACGAUGCUGAGUGGAGUUCAACUGCGCUUCCAAACCCUGACGCUGACUGCCCAAAGACCUGUCAUGAUCAAAAGAUAGAAAUAACAGAAUGGAUUUACACUUUCCCUGCAGCCUGAAACUGUGACAGUAUGGAUAAUAGUGUUUAUAAAGGUUUGCACUAUGUUAAAUCAACAUUUCAGUGAAAUGCAAAAAUCGACGUGGAGUUACGACAAAUGUUUGUAGCUCAGACUGCACUUAAACUCACUCUCUGGCAAAAUAGAGCAUUGCAGAGUACAUGUAGCAAGUGAGUUGAGGGCAAUUAAAUAAGGAAGGAAAAAUUAUGUCAGGGUGUUUAAAGGGACUAGAAAGGUAAAAUUAAACUGUGAAGAAAACUGUGCAAUCAUUUUCUUGUUUUAAAGUUAUGUUCUUAAUAACAGUUUGAUUGCAGCAUGAGUUUUGAUGCUGUUAUUGAAUGUGUACUCCCAAUAGAAAUAUGGUACAAAAAAUGCUGAUACAGUUUGCAUGUGUUCAAUAAUGCAAACAACAGCAUGGAGGUCUGUCAAAAUGUAAAGCAGCAAAUCAUUAAAAAUUUGAUGUAUCCAUGCA